GCCUGGCGGCCUUUGCUUAGAUUUGGGAAUUUGUUGGUGUCCCACUUCUCUUCUCCUGUGAGAUCCCGUUGCAAUCCACAAGCACAAGCACAAGCACAAGCACAACCUUAACCUUGGCUGGUAGUAGAGAAUAGAGAUGGAGUUUGUGAGCCCUGAAGGUCUUCGAUUAGAUGGUCGCCGUCCCAUGGAAAUGAGACAAAUUCGAGCUGAGAUUGGUGCUGUAGCCAAAGCUGACGGUUCCGCCGUGUUUGAGAUGGGUAACACCAAAGUCAUUGCUGCAGUAUAUGGCCCUAGAGAGGUCCAAAAUAGGACUCAACAAAUUAAUGACCAAGCACUGGUGCGCUGUGAGUAUAGCAUGGCUAAUUUUAGUACCGGGGAUCGCAUGAGAAAACCAAAGGGUGACAGACGAUCCACGGAGAUAUCUUUGGUAAUUCGCCAGACCAUGGAAGCUUGCAUAUUGACACAUUUGAUGCCUCGGUCUCAGAUAGAUAUUUUUGUCCAAGUGCUCCAAGCAGAUGGUGGAACUAGAUCUGCAUGUAUAAAUGCUGCAACUUUAGCCCUUGCAGAUGCUGGGAUCCCAAUGCGUGAUCUUGUUACUUCAUGUAGCUCUGGAUAUCUCAAUAGCACUCCUCUGCUUGAUUUGAACUAUGUAGAAGAUAGUGCCGGAGGUCCUGAUGUCACCGUGGGAUUUCUACCUAAGUUGGACAAAGUGACUCUUCUUCAGAUGGAUUCUAAGUUACCAAUUGACAUUUUUGAAAAUGUGAUGCAACUUGCAAUUGAAGGCUGCAAAGCAAUAGCAAAUUACAUUAGAGAAAUAAUGCUAGAGAAUACCAAACAGCUAGAAUAUCGCCGGGGUAUAUAGUUUAUAAACAUGGUAAGAAACUCAAACUCCUUGAUUUUCAUUGGAACUAGACAUUUAAUUAUGUCUCAGGUCUUAAAUUUCUACCUGCAAGCAUCUCCUUUCUAACAUUCUUCCUUGGAAGCUUCAGCUUGGCUUGAUCAUCAUUAGACUUCAAGUCUGGAUUUCGGAGUUAACUGCACUUGUUUCAACUUUUAAUUGAUCCCCGCUUGUGGGAUUUUGGCAAAAGCAUGUUUGCCCAAUUUUUGCCACAUCUCUUGGAAAUGUUCUUUCCUUUUUUGGGGCCAUACCUUGAGCUUGAUCUAGUUAUCCCCGCUAGUAUUUAAACCAUAAAUUGAAUUUGUGUCAUAUAGAAUUUUGAUCAAAAGUUGGUAACUUGUUAAUGUUGAACCUUUUUGGUGCGUAUAGCGUAGAGUUGAUUCUGUUCCA